CCAAACGAUCCACUCGCGGCAGUGGAGGAGUGCUAAGGCACUCAAGAGUACUAUGGACGACUUGGUAGCCGUCCCUGACCACGGGGUCACCGAGUCCCAGUUGGUCAAGUUGUUUUAUCGUGCCAUCCCAGAGGCCCUACGCGGGCAUWUCUUUGACAAGUCUCAGCAGGCCGACAUCACAUAUGAUCAAUGGAGUAGGGAGGCCGUCCUGUAUGAGUCAAAGUCUAUGCCAGUUACCACUUUCUGGCAUAAGGACCUGGAGAAGGGGAAGAAGUGGAAGAAUUGUACUCUCUCAGGCCAAGUAAAGGCCAAGGAUCACAUGAUCCUGACGUUAGAGGAAGGUGGUACUGAUGAGGUCCCGUAUGAUCAGAUUGAGUGGGGCCUCGAAGAUGAUGGCARUAGUGUGGGGCAGGGGAGGUCUUACGCUGCUGUCGCGGCCGGAGGGAGGCCGCAAGGUAGAGGAGGAGGCCAGGGCCAAAGGGGCCAGGCCAUGGGAGGCCGAGGACCGGGCGCACAGGGGGUUGGCGGACAGGGAAACCGCCAAGCGGGAGGUAGGGGUCAAGGUCCCCCGUUGCUGAAGAAAGAGGCAAUCUGGCAAUGGGACAAAGACUGUACGUUUGCGCUCAAGAAGCUAAAGCGCGCUUUAAUAGAAUAUCCUGUCCUCAAAGUUGCAGAUCCGUCUUUGCCAUUUGUCGUCACCACGGACGCGAGUCAGUAUGGGAUAGGCGCCGUGUUGCAGCAAGACGACGGCAAUGGCUAUAGACCCGUAGAGUUCAUGUCAGCGAGGAUGCCCUGUGAGAAGGUCGCUACCUCCACGUACGAGAGAGAACUCUACGCUCUCAGGCAGRCUUUAAACCAUUGGAAGCAUUACCUGCUUGGGAGGCACUUCAAAGUCUAUUCGGACCAUGAAACGCUUAGAUGGCUAAAGACCCAGGCCAAGAUGACACCUAAGUUGACUAGGUGGGCYGCAGAGAUAGACCAAUUCGACUUUGAGCUCAAGCCAGUGAAGGGCAAGUACAAUGUAGUGGCGGAUGCUCUAAGUAGGAGAUCAGACUACUUUGGAGCCGUACAGUUGUUGCAGCAGGUUGCACCUGGAACAGAUGCAGCAGCUGGUGCAGCAGCUGCUGCAUGCGCAGCAUCUGCACCAUCUGCAGCUGCAAAUGCAGCAGGUGCACUCGCUGCGGCAUCUUGUGCAGCAGAUGCAGCAGAUGCAGCAGCUGCUGCAUGUGCAGCAUCUGCUGCAGCAGAGGCAGCAUUUACUGCGGCAGCAGCAGCUGCAGGGGCUGCAGAUGCAUCAGCUGCUGCGGCAGCUGAUGCAGCACCUGCUGCAGCAGGAGAUGCAUCUGCUGUAUCUGCUGCUGCUGCAUGAGCAGCAGCAGCAGCAGCAGCAGCAGAGGCUGCAGCAGUUCCAAAAAAAAAAAAAAAAAAAAAAAAACAGCAAAUAAGCGGCAGUCCAGAGCAUGAAUAACAACAAAACUCCAGGUAUUGAUGGACUAACUAAAGAAUUUUGGGAGAAAUUUUGGCCACUUCUUGGGGGUGAUCUACUGAAUUUCUACAAGGACAGCUGGCUGAAGGGGGGCCUUGGUGACAUGUUGAGCAGCAGUGUUGUCACACUUCUAUACAAAAAAGGGGACAAAGAAGACAUACGAAACUACAGGCCCAUUUCUCUACUCACGUUGCCGUACAAAAUCUUGGCGAAAACCCUUGCCCUYAGGAUAUUGGAUCUGACGGACAAGUGCUUUCAYAUAGACCAGACAGGGUUCAUAYYGGGAAGAYACAUUCUGGACAAUGUACUCACUCUAAAUGAAGCGGCCAACAAAGU